GUUUCAUUUGAGAGGUUCGGAGCGGAUUAAGAAUGUCGUCCGGAGCGCUGUUUCCCAGUUUGGUCCCCGGCUCUCGGGGUUCCUCCAGCAAAUACCUCGUGGAGUUCCGAGCCGGCAAAAUGUCCCUAAAGGGCAGCACGGUGACGCCGGACAAAAGGAAGGGUCUCGUUUACAUCCAGCAAACGGACGACUCUCUCAUUCACUUCUGCUGGAAGGACAGAACAUCAGGCAGCGUGGAGGAUGAUCUGAUCAUCUUUCCAGACGACUGUGAGUUCAAGAGAGUGUCGCAGUGCACCACGGGGCGCGUGUAUGUGCUCAAGUUCAAGGCCGGCUCCAAGAGGCUCUUUUUCUGGAUGCAGGAGCCCAAGACUGAUAAGGACGAGGAAUAUUGCAGAAAGGUUAACGAGUAUCUAAAUAACCCGCCAAUGCCCGGCGCCCUUGGGGGAAGUGGCAGCGGUGGCCACGAACUUUCUGCCCUGGGAGGAGAAGGUGGAUUGCAAAGCCUGCUGGGAAACAUGAGCCAUAACCAACUCAUGCAGCUGAUCGGGCCCACUGGACUCGGAGGACUCGGGGGGCUUGGAGCUUUAACUGGACCAGGAUUGGCCAGUCUGUUGGGCAGCGGUGGACCCACAACAAGCAGUUCUUCUUCCAGUUCUCGCAGCCAAUCGGCAGCUGUCACUCCAUCGUCCACAACAUCCUCAACACGAACAACGUCUGCCCCUGCUGCUCCGGCUGCAGCACCGGCCACAACCCCAAGCCCGGCUGUCAGCUCCAAUGACGGGGCCAGUGCAGCGACUAGCCCCACCCAGCCUAUUCAGCUGAGUGACCUGCAGAACAUCUUGGCCACGAUGAAUGUCCCUGCCACAGGGGAAGGAGGCCAGCAAGUGGAUCUUGCCAGUGUUCUCACCCCAGAGAUUAUGGCUCCAAUCCUGGCUAAUGCUGAAGUCCAGGAGAGACUGAUGCCUUACCUUCCAUCAGGGGAAUCCCUUCCUCAGACAGCAGAUGAGAUCCAGAACACACUAACCUCCCCACAGUUUCAGCAGGCUCUGAGUAUGUUUAGUGCGGCGCUGGCAUCCGGACAGCUGGGACCACUGAUGAGUCAGUUUGGCCUGCCUGCAGAUGCCGUAGAUGCAGCCAAUAAAGGAGAUAUCGAGGCCUUCGCCAAAGCGAUGCAGACCACAUCCUCGCAAAAGGAGCGAGAGUCCAGCGAGAAGAAAGAGGAGGAGGAGGAUAUGAGCUUAGAUUAAAGCCAGGGCACACUUUGUGCCAGCCAAGCACAAAUGCUUUAUCCCCCAGCUCUGCGUCCCACACACGUAUGUUCUUUUCAGCGUUGAAUAAAUAUUCCCUUUGCUGCUAA